CAGGGCACUCACUUCCUAUUCACCAGUCAGCAGGGAGGGAUCGCCUGGUCUGAUCAGCCACGUAGGCAUUCUCUUCUCUCUGGAGGAAAAGGCCCCGCAGCUGUCGGAGGAGAAGGCCCAUCAGCUGUCAGAGCGAACGGACAUGUCGCAGCUAAGUAAGAAUCUGGGUGAUUCCAGUCCCCCGGCGGAGGCUCCGAAGCCUCCGGUCUAUAGCCGCCCUACGGUUCUGAUGCGGGCCCCGCCCGCCUCCUCCCGGGCUCCGCCAGUCCCCUGGGAUCCACCUCCGAUUGAUUUGCAGGCUUCACUGGCCGCUUGGCAGGCACCUCAGCCUGCCUGGGAGGGCCCGCAGGGCCAGCCGCCUGCCCCAGUGGCUGCGAUGGCCCAGCCUCCGGCCCUAGGGGGCCCGAUGGUCCAGGCUCCCCCUCUGGGAGGCCCGAUGGGCAAGCCUCCGACUCCUGGGGUCCUGAUGAUCCAUCCUCCCCCUCCGGGAGCCCCGAUGGCCCGGCCUCCAACUCCCGGAGUCCUGAUGAUGCAUCCUUCGGCUCCCGGAGCCCCCAUGGCCCAUCCUCCCCCUCCGGGGACCCCAAUGGCCCAUCCUCCCCCUCCGGGGACCCCGAUGGCACAUCCUCCUCCUCCGGGGACCCCGAUGGCCCAUCCUCCCCCUCCGGGGACCCCGAUGGUGCAUCCUCCCCCUCCGGGGACACCGAUGGCUCAUCCUCCCCCUCCGGGGACACCGAUGGCUCAUCCUCCCCCUCCGGGGACACCGAUGGCCCAUCCUCCCCCUCCGGGGACACCGAUGGCCCAGCCUCCAGCUCCGGGAGUCCUGAUGGCCCAGCCUCUGACCCCAGGAGUCCUGAUGGUCCAGCCUCCAGCUCCAGGAGCCCCAAUGGCCCAGCCUCCACCCCCGGGAGCAUUGAUGGCCCAGCCUCCACCUCCGGGAGCCCCGCUGGCCAAGCCUCCAGGUCCUGGAGUCCUGAUGAUCCAUCCAUCGGGUUCGAGAGCUCCAAUCAAUCAACCUGCAGCUUCAGGAGCCCCGAUGGCGCAGCCGGCAGCACCACCUGCACAGCCCCUGGCUUCUUGGGCCCCACAGGCUCAGCCUCUGAUUCUGCAAAUCCAGUCGCAGGUUAUAAGGGCUCCUCCGCAGGUUCCCCAAGGCCCUCAGGCCCCACCAGCACAGCUGGCCACACCCCCGGGCUGGCAGGCCACCUCUCCGGGCUGGCAGGGCCCUCCACAGGGCUGGCAGUCCUCACCCUUGGCGUGGCAGGCCACACAGGUGACCUGGCAGGCUCCGACGAUUGCCUGGCAGGCGCAGCCACACGUGCGCCAGGGUCCACCACCCAUCCGCCCAGGCCCGCCGCCCAUCCGACCGGGCCCCCCGCCGGUGCGCCAGGCGCCACCCCCGAUCCGCCAGGCACCGCCGCUGAUCCGUCAGGCACCGCCGCCUAUCCGGCCUGCCCCCCAGGUUCUGACCACUCCACCUCCACUCUGGCAGGCCCUACCGCCCCCACCGCCUCUGCGGCAGGCACCACAGGCUCGGCUGCCCACCCCGCAGGUGCGGGCGGCCCCCCAGAUGCGGGCGGCCCCCCAGGUGCGGGCGGCACCCCAGAUGCGGGCGGCCCCCCAGGUGCGGGUGACCCCACAGGUGCCCACGGUCCUUCCAGCAGCGCAGGUGCCCGCGGCGCCUCCCGCUGGUCCGCAGGUGCCCCAGGCUGCGCUGCCGGCCUCUCUGUCUGCGCCACAGGCUGUGCACUGCCCACCUAUCAUCUGGCAGGCCCCCAAGGGCCAAGCCCCUGUGCCACACGAGCUGCCGACGUCGAUGGAGUUCCAGGAGGUGCAGCAGGCCCAGGCGCUGGCCUGGCAGGCUCCGAAGGCGCCCGGGCACUUCUGGCAGCCGCUGCCUGCUCAGGAGGCCCAGAGGCAGGGCCCACCACUGGUUCAGCUGGAGCAGCCCUUUCAGGGGGUCCCGGCCUCCCAAAAGGCCCUGCAAAUCCAGCUACCCACCCAGCAGGCCCAGCCCUCGGGCCCGCAAGCAGAGCUGCCCACCUUGCAACUCCAGCCCUCCUGGCAGGGCCCCCCUGCAGCCUUGCAGGGCCAGCCCGGAGCCCCCUUAGCGGUGGCAAAUUUUCCCGUGGGCUCUGCUAAAUCACUGAUGACUCCCUCAGGAGAAUCCAGGGCCUCCUCCAUAGACCGUAGGACCUCGUCGAAGGAGCGCCGGACCUCGUCGAAGGAGCGCAGGGCCCCUUCCAAGGACCGCAUGAUCUUCGCCGCCACUUUCUGUGCCCCCAAGGCGGUGUCAGCUCCCCGAGCACACCUGCCGCCUGCCUGGAGAAGCCUGCCUGCCACACCGGAGACCUUCACUGCCACCUCCAGGGUCUUCCCAGCUACCUCCCAGUUCCAGCCUGCCUCUUCCAAUGCCUUCAGGGGCCCCUCUGCCUCCUCAGACACCCCGAAGUCACUGCCACUCGCUCUGCAGGAUCCCUUUUCCUGUGUGGAGGCCCUGCCUGCAGUCCCCUGGGUUUCACAGCCCAAUGUGAAUGCCUCGAAGGUGUCCAAGGCAGCGCCCACCAUCCUGAUGGCUUCGGCAGCUGCCCCCCAGGCCAUGGCCACCACUCACGAGGCCUCGAAGACCUCCGAUGACCCUCCGCGGCGCUCAGGCAAAGCCACCCGGAAGAAGAAGCACCUGAACACCGAAGAGGACCGCAGGGGCCAAGUGCUGGCCCUGCGUGACUGGCAGGCGCCCAGGCCCUGGGAAAAUCUGAACUUGAAUGACUGGGAGGUUCCAACCCCCAUGCAGGUCCUGGGUGAGUGGGAGGGCCCAAACCCCUUCCGCAGCCUGAGUGGCUGGGAGGGCCCCAGUACCUCCAGAAUCCUGAGUGGCUGGGAGGGCCCCAGCACCUCCUGGGCCCUGAGUGCCUGGGAGGGUCCCAGCACCUCCAGGGCCCUGGGUCUCUGGGAAAGCCCAGGUAGCCCUCAGCCUUUGCUCAUCUCUGAGAUCCCCAGUCUCUCUCAGGGAUUCGGUACCACCCAGGAUGAGGCCAAAUUGGAGACUCAGCCUCUGUCUCCCUUGGAUGAGAGAGCAAAUGCAUUGGUGCAGUUCCUUCUGGUUAAGGACCGAGCCAAGGUGCCCAUCAAGCGCUCGGAGAUGGUGAAGUUCAUCAUCCGUGAAUAUAAAGAUGAGUGUCUAGACAUCAUCAACCGUGCCAACAAUAAGCUGGAGUGUGUCUUUGGGUACCAAUUGAAGGAAAUUGAUCCCAAAAACCACUCUUACAUUAUCAUCAACAAGCUGGGGCGUCCUAAGGGUGAACCGGUGGCAUCCUACUUAGACACGCCCAAGUUGGGCCUCCUGAUGGUGGUCCUGAGUCUCAUCUUUAUGAAAGGCAACUGCGUCCGGGAGGACGUGAUCUUUAGCUUCCUGUACAAGCUGGGGGUGGAUGUCCGGGAGACCCACGGUCUCUUCGGUGACACAAAGAAGCUCAUCACCGAAGUGUUUGUGAGGCAGAAAUACCUAGAGUACAGGCGAGUCCCCAAUACUGAGCCUCCACAAUACGAGUUCCUGUGGGGCCCCCGGGCAUUCCUCGAAACCAGCAAGAUGCUUGUCCUGAGGUUUCUGGCCAAGCUCCAUAAGCGAGAUCCCCGGUGCUGGCCGUUCCAGUACUUUGAGGCGCUGGCAGAGUGUGAGUCUGAAGAUUUAGAUGAGGACGAGCCCGGAUCCGAUGACAAAGCCGGUGGCCCCACCAGCAGGUCCCCUCCCCGCUAAUGAGGUUUAACAGAUAUCUCGUUCCUUUGUGUCUCCGGCCAAAGGCCACUGACAGGGUGGGGGGGGAGGGACGUUUCGUUUCUGGUGUUUACGUUCCAGUUCCAUGUGUAAAUCUGGAUUUCAAGUUGGUUUUGUAUCUGCCAAAGCUUUGUACAUUUUCAUGUGGUGUUGAUUUCAACUGGCUACUGUUCUAUUUGGUAUUUUGGCAUUUGUAUCUUUAAGUGAGAUCUGUGAUUCUCUGUUUUGUGUUAUAAUUGUUAUGUUUUGGUAUCAGAGUUGUGCUAACUUUGUGAAAUGAAUUGAGAAGCUAUCCAUCUCAUUCUGGUGCAGAUUACGUAGCACUGAAAUAGGCAGUUCUUUGAACGUUAAAAUGACUCACCAGUAAAGCUGUCUGCAGAGGAAUAAAUAUCUAUAUCUAUAUAUAUAAAUAUACUU